AUGAUCAACUGGUUUCAGAACGCAGCCAGGUACACGGUCCUCUUACCUCCUGUGGCGCUGCUCCUGGUCCCGGGUCCUGAGAGAUCCUUGUGGCGCGUGCGGAGCGGUCUGGCAACAGCGCGAGGAGCAGAGCGCGCGCGGACUGGAGCUGUGAGUGUGAGCCACGCGCGCAGAGAGAGCACCCCACCGGAAGUGCCAUUUCAGAACGUCAUGUGGUCAAGAUACUGUCUGUGUGGGCGGCUGAUGGGUCCAAGCACUUCCUUUCCAGGGAUCGAUAAAGUAUCUUUGUCUGAGUUUCUCCAUCCAUCUUUUUCUUAA